AGUUUAGUGCGCAGGACGGACUUUUUGGAGACUUCAGUGUUGUGCGCUUCUCCGUGCGUCACACGCUCGAACCUCGGCUGGAAGUGCGCGCGCGGCUCCCUCGGUUCGAUUCGGGAGCGACAUGGACGUCAUUCCCAUGUGCAGCAUCUUCCAGGAGCUGCAGAUCGUGCACGACACGGGAUACUUUUCGGCGCUGCCGUCCCUGGAGGAGUACUGGCAGCAGACGUGCCUCGAGCUGGAACGCUACCUCCAGAGCGAACCCUAUGUGUCUGCUGCGGACCUCAAGUUCGAGAGCCAGGAGGACCUGUGGAGCAAACUUAUGUUAGCCUGCGGGGACAAAUCAGGCGAGCCGGACCCAAAGAUCCCCCACAUAAAGGAGGAGGAAGACCAUCAGGACAGCCGGCACCUCUAUGCCACCGGCUUCAAUUCCGACGCCAGCAGCGAGGCCUCCGACAGCUCUGAGGAGCUCUCCCCGACACUCGACUUCACCGCCGGCUCUUUGACUGACAUUCUGGGGGACGGCAGGGAGGACAUGAGCUCCACUGUCAUCAGCACGCCGCCGUCUUCACCCGAGCUGGGCAAGGAAGGCUCCGCCCUCCCCGUGUGGAGUGGGAUACAGACUGUGCUGCACUCACCUGGGAAAAUAAGGACUGGGGGCGUGGAGAGCACCGGCGGAGAGGCGUCACCAGACGGGAGGAGGCGGGUGCACAAGUGCCUGUUCAAUGGCUGCAGGAAGGUUUACACCAAGAGCUCCCACCUCAAAGCACACCAGCGCACGCACACAGGUGAGAAGCCCUACAGGUGUUCAUGGGAAGGCUGCGAGUGGCGCUUUGCACGAAGCGAUGAACUCACCAGACACUUCAGGAAGCACACCGGAGCAAAGCCAUUCAAAUGCAGCCACUGCGACAGGUGUUUCUCCCGUUCCGACCACCUGGCACUGCACAUGAAGAGGCACGUCUAAGACAUCGGCUACGACAAGAGCUCUGAGGGAUGACUCGGGUUGAUUGUCCUGACCUAUUGGGGGAUCAGCGAGGCCGGUGUGUCCCGGGAGCGUUACGGGGACGCCACCAUGUUCCAGUCAGUGGGAAAAAAACGUCAAGCAGUGCAGGCUAUUUGCACCAUACUUAGUGCCUCCAGCACCUCGCUGUGGAGAUUGCUCUUGGAAGGCUUUUACGGAGGAGUGGGAUAGUGCCGGGAUAGAAGUGGGAAAAAUCUGGUGCGAAGAAGAUGGGAAGAAACUCUUCUGUAUGGUGUCAAUGCUUUUUUUUUUUUUUUUUUUUUCCCUGGAGGAUUGUGGGACUCCUGCGGGGGUGCUGUUCCUCCAUUGACAGUGUGUUUGCCUGUGCGCAUGAGUGCCUGCGACUGGAUGCCUGUGUUGGCUUUUGGAGUGGAUGGAGCAUUGCAUUAUUGGAAAUGCGAGUGAAUGGCAUGAAGGGGGAUGGUGUAAAACGAGGGAAGUCUGUGUGGAAAUGGGGGGGAAAAAGGUGGUGGGGGUUGUCUGUCCCGUUUGAGUCCAUCUGUAUGGUGCAGAGGUGGACUGUUUGAGAGUGGUUAGUGCCCCCUUGCUGCCCGGAGGUGGAAUCACAGCUCCCGGGUUUGAAAAUGGGAGAUUGUUUUGUUUAGUGCAGCUAUUAAAUGUGCAAUGUAUUAUGUAGCCUGUCUCAAAGCAUACACACGAUAAAGCUCAUUUUGUUGUCCAUUGUGUGCACUCUGUGUCUUAAAAAAACAAAACAACAAAAAAAAACAUUGUACA